AUGGUGCUCGCCAGCAACCAGACGGCGCGUCAACUCUGGCUCGCCAUCCUCGAGCUGUUCUCCGCGAACAAAGCUAGGGACAUGUCGAUCACCGCCUACUGCCGCCGGCAGAAACAGCUCUCCGACGCCCUCGCCGACAACGACUCCCCGGUGAACAACCGGGCCCUCGUCCUCAACACGCUGCGCGGCCUCGGUCCGCGGUUCUCCUCCGCCGCCACGAUCAUCUCCAUGACCGAGCCGCUGCCGACGUUUCUCCGCGUUCGCAACAUGCUUCUCAUGGAGGAGAUGCAGCAGGCCAACGCUGCUGCCAACGCCGCCUCGACUGCCCUCGUCGCCCAGGCCCGACCUCCUCCUCCUCCGACUUGCACCGGCACCGCCUGCCGCGGUGACUCCACCACUGGCAAGCCCAAGCCGGUCUACAAACCCAAGACAAAGACCGGCGGACGCAACGGUGGCGGCCCCUCUCGCGCCGCUGCUCCCGCCCCCACUGGCCCGUGGGUGUGCUUCUCCCCUGGAGGAUCGCAGUGGCGCGCACCGUCUGGUCCGGGCAUCCUCGGCCCGUGCCCCCACGCGGCCUACACCACCACGAGCGCCCCUGUGUAG